GAAAUGUGCAGCUUUGGGCCUUGACACUUCAAACAUGGGCUCGGUGGUUUUAGAAGAGUACGAGCUGCUGGGUGACCCCAAGUACCGUGCCUAUGUCACGGCCAUCGACAAAGCUCUGAAAAGCUUUGAUAACACCAGUGAAUGGGCUGACCUCAUUUCAGCCCUUGGGAAGCUGAAUAAGGUGAUAUCCAGCCACCUCAAGUACCAGGUGGUGCCCCGGCGUCUGACCAUCAGCAAGCGGCUGGCACAAUGUAUGCACCCAGCGCUGCCCAGCGGUGUCCACCUCAAGGCCCUGGAGUCGUACGACCUCAUCCUGAGGGCAGUGGGACCCCAAAGGCUCGGCCAAGAGCUCUUUUUGUACGGUGCUGGCCUUUUCCCACUCCUGGCGCACGCUGCCAUGAAUGUGCGGCCCGCGCUUCUGAGCCUCUACGAGACGCACUUCCUUCCACUGGGCGAGCGUCUGCGGCCAGGACUGAAUGGGUUCCUCAUCGGCGUCCUGCCGGGUCUGGAAGAGGGUUCGGACUACUACGAAAGGACAGACAAGCUGCUUCUCGAUGUGUGUGUAGCAGUCGAGAAGAGUUACUUCUAUGGCAGCCUGUGGAAGUGUGUCCUAUGUAACCCAGGCAUCCGUCAGGCAGCCAUCAACUUCAUUGUCUCCCAUUACAACCGUCGACUUAGCAUGGAGGACCAGCUAUAUGUCAUUGGCACCGACAUUGACUGCAUGGUCCAGGCACUGUGUGCUUCGCUUCAGGACUCGAGCAUCCUGGUACAGAGGAGCACACUGGAGCUCCUUCUUCUGGGUUUUCCCUUGCACAACUGUACAUUGGUCUAUGCUGACAGGGUCCGUGUUUGUACAGCAGCUCUGGGCGUCCUGCUUCGGAGGGACAUGUCGCUGAACCGGCGGCUGUUUGCCUGGCUGUUUGGAAGUGAUGGCUCAUCAACUGUCAGCGUCGUGCCACCGCCAGAGUCUGCAGGAUCGUCUGAGCCGUCGUCAUCUCCUGUCCCCGACUCUCCAGAGCCUACGCAUGCAACCUACUUCCACUUGCAUUCGAGUACCCUCCUCUUGGAUGCCAUUAAGUGCUUGUUCAGUCCUUCAACAUCCAGGUCACCAGUUCUCAGCAGCAACUUCUCAGUCUUUUGGCCAUAUAGGAUUCUCGUCUCCUUGCUGGACAAACCUGAAACAAAUUUCAUACUGGACGAUAUUCUCAUUGAUGUCUUCAGGUCCCUGUAUAUUGAGUGCAACCUGGGGACAGUGACCAAGUCCCAUCAGGAAAAGCAAGCCAAUCGAAGCAACUUUGAGCUGAUCAAGACAGCCAAUCUGCUGUUCAGCUCCCUGGAGCCAAACUAUCUCUGGGAGUACGUGCACAAGUGCUUUCAGGGUGCUUGUGAGCGUGCUUCGUCAUCUGCAGCAAAGGUGCCUCCCAAGGCAAAGUGCAGUGAAGGGAACAAGGUGGCUCAUGUUGGUGCUGGACAGCCAUCGCUGCUUGAAGUGUGUGUCCUUUCAGAGUUUCUGCUGGAAGUCAUCUCAUUGGACACAUAUGUGGAAACAGACAACCUCCCAGCACUCCUGCAGAAAGUCGCAAAAGAUUUAGAGCAGUACUGUAGCUCGCUCUCACCUGAAGAGCUCAACGGUGCUCUGCUUCUUUGUUCGAGACUUCUCUCCAAGGUGCAGCCGACCACCAUGCAACCCCACUCUUCGGGCAUGGAGCCAGCCUGCUCUCCUGCCGAUUCGCACAUUACCAGUCGCCAACAGACAUCGGAAAAGCUGUCAACGUCUUGUGAAGAGGAACUGUCUCUGGCAAAUCUCAUUUCCAGUUGCACAUCGUCCUUUCAGCAUCUGUUUCUCCGCUUUGUUGAGCUUUGGGUGCUCUCCGAUGCCGGUGCUGUCUUGAACCAGUUUGCCACUGCACUUGUCUCCAAGAGAGCCAAGAAAGAUGACAGGGAGAAAGAACUGCAUGGGCUGUUGCAGCAGUGCUUGCUUCAGGAGGAAGGUGGUGACCCGUACCAAAGCAUCGAGCUGCCACAAGUGCCACCCAGGCCACUGGAGAAUGUGGAAAUUCCGCAGAUUAAGCUGCAAGUGCAGCCUUGUUUCAGCAAGCUGAAGGAUACUUACGCUACCCUCUGCCAGCUUCUUGUUGAGCUGUCCUCAUUUCCAGCAUCUCUGGGAACACUCAAGGCCAUCUUCUUUGAUGCGGACUCUCCACGUAGCGCAGAUGAAGAAUUCCUCCCCAACUGGCUACGACAAUUGCUCAUGAUGUCCUGCUUCGCGGAAGACCGUGACCUUCUGUUGCAGACCCUUGCCACUGUGCUCGAUUUGCUGGGCCUUGCCAGAACAGCCGCUGUCGCCCUAGAGCCAUCGUUGCGCGAUGGAAGCCGUGCUCUUUCUCCAGGCAGCCAGGCCACCCUGGCGAUGGUGGUCGUUCCAAUGGUGCGACCUGGAGACUUGCGUGCAAUUCUGGAACGGACACGCUUUGUGAGCCUGGCUGCGGGCCGCCUCUGGGGCCUGCUGGAGCCAGGGGCCAGUGAGCUGCACCUACGAUCUGUGGAGCUGUUGCAACUCCUAAACAAUCUGACGCCCGAGCAGGACGGUUCCUGCGAAGACGUCCUGUGCCGGGCACUGGCCAGUGAGAAUGACCAGGAGCAAACAGAUGCCCAGAAAAGGUUUGCCAUCCUCUGGCAUCUGAGCAGAGACCUCAAGUUCAAGUCUACUCCAUCGAACCUUGUUCGUCCAUUUGACAGGUGCCUGUUCCAGAUGCUGCACAGCCUGAGCAGGCCUUCUGGCAUGCAAAGGGCUGCCGCCCAGGUCUGGCUGAAUCACUCGCUCAUGCGAGGCGACCUGGCUCGGCUCUUGGAGCCCUCCAUGAUGGUGCUUCUGCACCCAGACACUGCUCGCAUUUCAGUGCAGCACGUGAGCGUGCGAGCAGGAGCUGCCACCGCAACAGCUGCGGUGACUGCGGAUGCCGCCCCGGCCAACACCCACGACGACGCCAAUGCGGAGGGCCGCAUCUUCGCCAUCAGCAGCGUUGGUGGAAAUGUCAUUUACCACGUGGACAAGACCAAGGCAACCGCUCUUACUGCUGGCAACACUAGCGCCGUCGCACCCUUGAACCCCGAGAGAAAAGUGCUGGCGCUGACCUCCAUUGUAGGACCUGAGAAGGGAAAUGGUUCAAAGGUUGUGACUCGCAGUUCAAACGUAGAUGUGGAGUUUCCCCCAGCACUCGAAUCUUUGCAUCAAAUGUCAUUGUUCGUCAAUCCAUUUGGUUCGCUGACCUCACUGGGAAGCGACUACGGUCUGGACUCAUACAGCUACGACCCUCCCGACCUCUCUAACGCAACGCGGAUUGAUGGCGCCUCCCUGCGCAAGAGUUCAUUCGACGAGUCGGACGACCCAAGCUCCAAGGAGGACUUUUCGCACACCGUGGUGCGAUCGAUACUCGACGAGAUACUUGACCUCGCCACUUCGUCAGAACUCAAGGAGCCCCUUGAAAGCACUUCCCAGAACUUGUUCGGCGACGACGUGGCUCGACUGGAAGCCACUUCCAACACUCCUUCGGGACAGCUCACCUCUCACCCCCUGCACACCCACCUCCUGUUGUACUGCCAAGUGUUCGAUUCGCAAAAGACUCUGUAUGCACUCACGGUGUUGAAGACAAUUAUCGAGUCAAACCCGCGUGUAGCACUGUGCAGUAUGGCGACCACGAGUGUGAGUAGCUCGUUGUCGCAGCGUGGCGCACAGCUUCAGACUUUGCUCGCCCGUCACCGCAAAUCUGUCUUUGGCAACAACUUCCACGGCGAGCUGGCACCAGAGGCACUUUCGGGCUACCGCAGCAGCAUGUUUCUUGAAGUUCUGGUAUCGGCCUGCUUAUACUUUGUGCGAAGCUACUACCCAAGUCUGCCACAGACACACUUAACCCCGGCCGAGCUCUCGGGAAACCGGGACGUGAGGUUACUCUGUUGCGAGCUGUUGCGUCUGGUUUUCUCCGAGCUCGUUGCAGUUGUGCGGGACAGUGGCCGCAGUUUUGCCAUCUACCUCAACGACCUUCUCACUCGAUGCAAAGUGCAGAAGGCCCUUCUGCACUGUCUUGUAGCAUCUGUGUAUGGCUUCCAGAAACCAUCCUCGGAGAAUGACAAUGCCUUGACGGUUGGCAUCAUUGAGUUCAAUGAGAAGAUACCCGCUGGGGAGGGUUUGGCAGAGGACUUCCAGGAAACCUUCCAGGUUUACUUGCUACAGCUGAUUGCAGCACUUAUUGUACUUGAGGAGAGAGUCACUUCCCAUAUAGGAGAGGACGGCCAUCCUGGUCACAAGCCUGUCGCUGAGAAGGCAGCACCCAAGAUGCGUUUUCAGCCACAGAUGUCCACUCUGCGAUACCAACACAAUGUGCCCAUCCCUUGCCAGGCUAUGUUUGGCACAGCCCUGCUGACUGCACUGAGGCAGCAGCACAAGGCUCACUUGCACGCCCACUGGAUGAGCCUGGUGAUGUGUGCGCUGCCCUUUGCGGGCAAGUCUCUCACCCAGCUGGUGCUCUCGGUGGCCAGCCAGGUGUGCUCCAACCUGGAAGUGGCCGUGGCUGCACCAAGCGCACCCAAUAGUACCCUGGAACUGGAGGGCAUGUCUACCUACCCGCCCGACUACCUCACUUUGCUCGUGGAAGGACUGACACUGCUGUGCCAUUAUUGCCUGCUAGACAGUGCCGCACCUGCGGCUGUGACUCCCGUGACCCAACAGCCACCUCCUGCUCCGCAGGCACUUGCUACCAGUGCCAAUGUGUCGCAGAUCAUCUACAACCUUAUCCAUGUGUUCUCCAACACUGACCCACACAAGGACUUGCAUGCUCGCGAGAGUGGAGGCAGCCUGGACCCCAUCCUUUCAACGCGCCGCACUCUUCUGAGCAACCUUCCUCGCCUGCUGGCUGCCCUUGUGUCCGUCUGGGAGGCUGUUUCCCGAGAAGAGAAGGACCCAUUUCAGCAGAGCCCCAAGCUGGCACAGUUGUGGGUCAUGGGUGCACCCAAGGUUGUGAAGCAGCACAUCUUGAGCUUCUUGAGUCCCAUCUCCAUGACCUACGGCUCCAACUUCAUGGCAGCCGUUGCCGUUGUGUGGUACGAGCGAAGAAAGAAGAACGCAUCUGUUCAACGCAAGGUGAUCCCCCAGUGGAGUCCUGACCAGCUUCUGCUGGUGGAACUGGUGUCAGCCAUCAAGGUUCUCCCCAUGGACAGUGUGGUCCAGGUUGUACGGCAGGUCAUUCGCCAGCCACCUCCAACCAACCAUGACCGUAAGAAGCGGGUUCCCCUGGAAGUGAGCAUGCUGCAGUUCUUCCUGGCCUACGUGCAACACACUCCAGGCACCCAGCUGCAAGAGUCGUGGAGCUCCCUGCUGGGUCUCUGGAAGGACGGCCUGCAGCUUACAGCCAUGCCCCUGGUUCAGUUCCACCUGCUUGGGCUGCUCCACGAGUUUGUUCAACGAGCACCCUUGCUUGAGGACAAAAAGGACCAGAAGGAUUUGCAGGACAUAACUCAGAAAGUGAUAGAGGCAUGCAGUACGGUGGCAAGUGCCAGCUUGGAGCAGACAACGUGGCUUCGUAGGAACCUUGCCGUUCGGCCAGGUCCUCAGCCUGACAUCAUGGGUAGUGAUGCUGACGCUGAAGGAGACAUGGUUACAGCGGGUGAAGGUGUCGUUGUCAAUGACGCUGACACACCCGAACAAGUGGCUGGCCAGCCAGCAUAUAAUCCUACGUCCUAUGCCCAGUACAGCGUUCAAGCGCUGUCUGUCCUAGCAGAGUUUUUAUCUCCAGUGCUUGAUGUUGUCUAUGUGAGCGAAGAGAAGGAAAAGGUCGUCCCACUCCUGAGUGGAAUUAUGUUCUACGUCACACCAUACCUCCGAAACCACAGGGUGCACAAUGCACCCAGCUUUCGGGCCUGCUCGCAACUGGUGUCGAGCCUGUCGGGUUACCAGCACACCCGCAAGGCGUGGCGGCGUGACGCACUGGAGCUGCUGCUUGAGCCGGCCUUCUUCCAAAUGGACCUGGCCUGCCUUGCUCACUGGCGUGCCACGGUGGACCACCUCAUGACGAAUGACAAAACCACCUUCAGGGACUUCAUGGCCCGUUUUGCGGUGGCACAGAGUGGCUCGUUGAACAUCUUCAGCAGCAAGGAGCAAGAAUAUGAGGUCCGGGCGCAGCUGCUGAAACGGCUAGCCUUUGUCCUUUUCUGCAGCGAGUCGGACCAAUACCAGCGCUACAUGCCAGACAUCCAGGAGCGGCUCGCGGAAAGCCUCAAGCUGAGCCACGUGCCAAGCGUACAUGCGCAGGUGUUCCUCUGCUUCCGAGUGCUGUUGCUGCGAAUGUCAUCGCAGCACAUCACUUCUCUCUGGCCGGGUAUCAUCACUGAACUGGUUCAGGCUUUCCUCCAAAUAGAACAAGAGCUGUCAACAGACACGGAGGAGUUCAGACGGAACCCAAGCUCGCACCUGCGCAGGCUACAGGGCCUAGACAGCAGCUGGGCAGUGAGCAACGGACUCAAUGCCCACAACCACCCGGCUUGGCUGCAGCUUUAUCUGUCAGCCUGCAAGCUCCUCGACCUGGCUGUUGCCCUUCCUGCCGACAUGCUGCCCCAGUUUCAGAUGUAUCGGUGGGCAUUCAUUGGCGACAAUGCCCCAUUGUCGCAUGAUGGCACCCAGUCCCAGCAGGAGUCGCUGCCCAAGGGCCAGCACGAAUUUGUGCCUCACAUUGUCCGGCUCGCUGCGCUCAUGAACAAGAAUAAUCCAAAUAACGAGAACCUUCACUACAAAAACGGGCGACCGCUGCUCAGCCUGACCUCCAUCAAGUCAUUCUACGACCUCCAGGGUUUCUUCAACAGCCUCGUUAGUGGGUCUAACAACAAUGUCGACGUUCAUUGUGCCUUUGAGAACACUGCAUCCAACGCUCGCUCCAGCGAGCUGUCAAAGUCUCGCUCGGCCCCCGAGCUUGCAACCAUGGCACUGGGAACCCAAGUGCCGGCACCAGAAGACACGGUCUUUCAGACAACCCUUCAGUGCGUGGAGCACAUCCUUGAACUCGAUUUCCUGGAGCCGCGCCAGUCGUGACACAACCGCAGAAACGUUAAUACUACGACGCGAGUUACUCACCUAGGUGAAGAGCAUGCAGUUUUUCCUGUUUAUUUUUUUUUCUUUUUAACUACUACUACUGCACCUAGCUUUCUCGGGUCCAUGGAUUGUAGGGCUUUCUUGGAGUUGCACAUUAGCUAGUCAGACAUUAGUUUCAUGUCCCACUCAAUUGCGUAAAUUUUAUACUGUAAAUAACUAUAUGUAUGUAUCUUCGUUAUUGAAUGUGACAAUGCCUCACAGUGGGAUAACAUGAACUGUGCCACAUGCCACGGGGCAUAUUUUUUUAUUGUCAUUGAUAUGAUGUACCAGUAUGUUAAGUCGCAACACGACGUAAUCUGUUCUGCCCGAUUGUGAUAAUUGCGUAUGUACUACUUUGCAUCGGAUAAAGCUUUGCGGCACUUGAUGAGGCUUUGAUGAUGACUGGCUCUUGAGUACAUCUAAACUUGACAGACAAUGCAAAAGGGGGCUUGCUGAUGGUGGGUAAAGCUCAGGAAUUAACCAGUCGAUAAACCUUUUCUCAAUUAAUUAUUGACAUUGCCUGUUUGUAAAAUGUGUGUUACUAACAGCUAACUACGAUGGAAUGCCUUUACAACCACAAAGUGAUGUGCCGCAGAAUCGCAUGGGUCGGUGCAAGCAGUGCAGCGAGAUUUGUUUCGCCACAGUUUUCAGUUUGUGGUGUCCCUAACGUUUUAACUUGUUACAUAUGUACAUGCAAAAGCUGUUGUGUGGCGAAGGAAUUUUUAUAUGUUCUGCAACAUUGCAGUUUCUUUUUUUUUUUUCAUGUGGUUGAACUACAUACAUUUAAAAAAAAAAAUCCAGAAACUGAGUCGUUUUUAUUAUUACAGUACGAAUGUUAUGGUGUCACCAGUUAUGCAAGCAAAAAAAUAUAUAUAUAUACACCCAAUGUUCUUUUGUUGACUGCAUAGGUGGAAAAUGUAUAUUUUGCUACGUUAAAUAUAUUUGCCGAGAUCCUGCAAAGUCAAUCUGCCUUCUCCAUCAUUUCAAUUUUUUGUGUUCACUGUUGCCAUUGUGAGAAUGUUUCAGCUUGGGACAAGCCUUGAUUUUAUUCAGACAUAUAUGUUAAAAAAAGAAAUAAAAAAAACUAGUGGUGCCUUGUGGUAACCACUGAAGUGAUUUGAUCGAAUUUUUUGUUGAGAAGUAAAUAGGAACUUCACUGGAUGUUUUACUUAUAAGCAAGAAGUUUUGUCCAAGGUUUUAACAUUUUUCUUAAUUAAGGACUUGCAAAUGUUAGAUUCAUUAGAAAUUGAGACAUGAAGUUAAAUGUUUCAAUAUGCCCAAAGUAGCAUAUCUAAACUUGACAAUGCAAAGGGGGCUUACUGAUGGUGGGUAAGGGU